GGCCUAGCGGAAUUUCGGCCGGAAGUGAUGCACAGGAAGUUACGCCCUGGAGGCGGUCCCUGGUGGUGGAGGGCGUCGCGAUGGGAGGGGCGGAGCGUCUGUGGUCAUCCUGGAACCUUGGAUCCGGGGCAGUUUUGCAGAACACUGAUAUCAAUGGACUCUAACAUGGACUUCAUUUAAAGAAAUCCACCGACCAUUAUUGGACAAAAACAUGAAUCAAUUUGUAUUGUGGCAUUCAAAUCCUAGCACUUUGGGAAAGCUAAUGCUACAAAUUACAGAAAUACAGUAGCUCAGAAGAGAAAGAAGCUUGGGGAUGUGGAAGAAGAUGAAGCAGCAUAACAUUUUAUCUUGCCAAGAACAGAAUUCGGGAUCCACUUUUACUCUUAGGUUUUGGAGCCCUCUCUUGCAUCAGAACUCUGUCCUCCUAAUCCUCUGAGUGUCAUCUCAGGAUCCUGGGCACACUCAUGGCACGAUGGCCAACCCUCAGGAGCACCUGAGCUGCUCCUCUUCCCCACACUUACCCUUGAGUGAAAACAGAACCUUCAAUGGACUACAAGAUGAGCUCACACCUACAGGGAGCCACCCUUCACCCAAGCUCCUUAAGGACCCGCAGGAAAAGGGGGGAGUACACGCAGAGCUAACCGAGAACAUGAACAGCCCCAUGACCACAACAGUGUUGACGAGUGUGAGCGAAGAUUCCAGGGACCAGUUUGAGAACAGCGUUCUUCAGCUAAGGGAACAAGAUGAAUCGGAAAUGGCCGUGUCUCAGGGGAACAGCAACACCACGGACAGAGAGAGCACAAGCGGAACCGAAGACAUCAAGAUUCAGUUCAGCAGGUCGGGUAGCGGCAGUGGUGGGUUUCUGGAAGGACUAUUUGGAUGCUUGAGGCCUGUAUGGAAUAUCAUUGGCAAGGCAUAUUCCACUGAUUACAAAUUGCAGCAGCAAGAUACUUGGGAAGUGCCAUUUGAGGAGAUCUCAGAGCUGCAGUGGCUGGGUAGUGGAGCCCAAGGAGCUGUCUUCUUGGGCAAGUUCCGAGCGGAGGAGGUGGCCAUCAAGAAAGUGAGAGAACAGAAUGAGACGGAUAUCAAGCAUUUGAGGAAGUUGAAGCACCCUAACAUCAUCGCUUUCAAGGGUGUUUGUACUCAGGCCCCAUGUUACUGCAUCAUCAUGGAAUACUGUGCCCACGGACAACUCUAUGAGGUUUUGCGAGCUGGCAGGAAGAUCACACCCCGAUUGCUAGUGGACUGGUCUACAGGAAUUGCAAGUGGAAUGAAUUAUUUGCACCUCCACAAAAUUAUUCACCGUGAUCUCAAAUCACCUAAUGUUUUGGUGACUCACACAGAUGCAGUAAAAAUUUCAGAUUUUGGUACAUCUAAGGAACUCAGUGACAAAAGUACCAAGAUGUCCUUUGCUGGCACAGUCGCGUGGAUGGCACCAGAGGUGAUACGCAAUGAACCUGUCUCUGAAAAAGUCGAUAUAUGGUCUUUUGGAGUGGUGCUUUGGGAGCUGCUGACGGGAGAGAUCCCUUACAAAGAUGUGGACUCUUCAGCCAUCAUUUGGGGUGUUGGAAGCAAUAGCCUACACCUUCCAGUUCCUUCCACUUGCCCUGAUGGAUUCAAAAUCCUUAUGAAACAGACAUGGCAGAGUAAACCUCGCAACCGGCCUUCUUUCCGGCAGACGCUCAUGCAUUUAGACAUUGCUUCUGCUGAUGUUCUUGCCACCCCACAAGAAACCUACUUCAAGUCUCAGGCUGAAUGGAGAGAAGAGGUGAAAAAACACUUUGAGAAGAUCAAAAGUGAGGGAACCUGUAUACACCGAUUAGAUGAAGAACUGAUUCGGAGGCGCAGAGAAGAGCUCAGGCAUGCUUUGGAUAUUCGUGAACACUAUGAGAGAAAACUUGAGCGGGCUAAUAAUUUAUACAUGGAACUGAGUGCCAUCAUGCUGCAGCUGGAAAUGCGGGAGAAGGAGCUCAUUAAGCGUGAGCAAGCAGUAGAAAAGAAGUACCCUGGAACUUACAAACGACACCCCGUCCGUCCAAUAAUCCACCCCAACGCCAUGGAGAAACUCAUGAAGAGGAAAGGUGCGCCUCAUAAAUCAGGGAUGCAGACCAAACGGCCAGAUCUGUUGAGAUCUGAAGGUAUCCCCAGUAUGGAGGUGGCUCCUGCCGCAUCCCCUUUGUCUGGAAGUCCCAAAAUGUCCACCUCAAGCAGCAAGAGCCGAUAUCGGAGCAAACCCCGCCACCGCCGAGGGAAUAGCAGAGGCAGCCAUAGUGACUUUGCAGCGAUCUUGAAAAACCAGCCAGUGCAAGAAAAUUCACCCCAUCCCACUUAUGUACACCAAGCUCAAUCCCAGCACCCUUCUUCCCAUCACCAUAACCCUCUGCAGCAGCAAUACCAGCAAUGCCCUCCUGCCGUGCCUCAGAGUCACCAUCCCAGACUCAACAUGCACGGACAGGACAUUGCAACCUGCGCCAACAACCUGAGGUAUUUUGGCCCAGCAGCAGCCCUGCGGAGCCCACUCAGCAACCAUGCUCAAAGACAGAUGCCUGGCUCCAGCCCUGACCUCAUCUCCACAGCCAUGGCGGCAGAUUGCUGGAGAAGUUCUGAGCCUGACGAGGGCCCAGCUGGCCCCUGGGGCUGUUGUCAGGCUGACCCUUAUGACCCCUGCCUCCAGUGCAGGCCAGAACAGUGUGGUUCCUUAGACAUACCCUCUGCUGAGCCAGUGGGGAGGAGACCCGACCUUUUCAAGUCACCAGCACACAAUCCCCUCUCGGAAAAUGCCCAGGGUUCUGAGAAAAUGGAAGAAAAUGAAUUCAAAGGCUGUAGGUCUGCAUCAUCCCUUGGCAUCCCUCAUCACGUCACCCCCCCAGUGCUACCUCGAAACACAAGGCCCCUGCAAAAGAGUGGAGAUGACUCCUCAGAAGAAGAAGAAGGGGAAGUAGAUAGUGAAGUUGAAUUUCCACGAAGACAGAGGCCCCAUCGCUGUAUCAGCAGCUGCCAGUCGUAUUCAACCUUUAGCUCUGAGAAUUUCUCUGUGUCUGAUGGAGAGGAGGGAAAUACCAGCGACCACUCCAACAGUCCUGAUGAGUUAGCGGAUAAACUGGAAGACCGCCUGGCCGAGAAGCUAGAUGACCUGCUGUCCCAGACGCCAGAGAUCCCCAUUGAGAUAUCCUCGCAUUCAGAUGGGCUCUCUGACAAGGAGUGCGCCGUGCGCCGCGUGAAGACGCAGAUGUCUCUGGGCAAGCUGUGUGCGGAGGAACGUGGCUACGAGAAUCCUAUGCAGUUUGAAGAAUCGGACUGUGACUCUUCAGAUGGAGAGUGUUCUGAUGCCACAGUCAGGACCAAUAAACACUACAACUCUGCUACUUGGUAAUGAAAGAAAACCCAUCCUGAAGAUCUCAUGACUAUACUGGCAUUUCAGAUCCAUCCCACCCCCAGACUCUUCCCACUCUCUCCCUGCUUUUUCGUCUGGGAAGAGAGCUGCCCCCUCUUUCUUACCCCUAGAAAUGAGCUGCAAUAACAGGAACAUGAGACUUCGCAAAUCUCUUGGAAAAAAAUAUCCAAAUGAAAUUAAGUCUCACUGAACAUUUCAAUCAAGAAUGGCAGGGAUCUAUUUUAUUGAAUAUUCUAGCUACUGUAACAUUGAUAUUUAUUUUUGUUUGACAUUUUAACACUUUGUACUGUAAAGAGUGAACUAUAUAUGAUAUAGAGAGAGACACAAUAAUUUCUUGCAAAAAGAGAGAGAGAGAGAGAGAGAGAGAGAGAGAGAUAAAGGAAGAAAGAAAAGAAAGAAAGAAGUGGAAUUUAGGAGCAACAUCGUUGGGAAUUUGUGGGGCCAGGAGAUAUUAUUGCUACUUGAACAGGGGACCAGUUCUUUUGGCCAUAAGAGAUGAAGAAGAGCCAGAGCAAGACAUACUGAUUAUUUUAGAAAACAAAGAAAAGCAAUUCCAGGUAACUUGUGAACAGACCACAUUAAGUUCAACCAGCUUGCCCACAUGGGUGAUGGAAAUGAUCUAGAAGAGACUGAUGACCAGAUACUUGCACCCAAGGUCCUUGAGGGCAUGUGCUUCCUCUAGGAGGAAAAAAAGACAACUACACAUCUGGAAGCUGAUUUCAUUUCAAGAACUUGAAGCAGCAUUUGGUAGUGAGACUUACAGAUAGCAUCAAGCCUUGUCUUUGACAAAUGCUUCCCUUUUUAAUGCUGUCAUUGUCAUUACCUUGACAAAUGUGUUACCUUGACCAAUGUGUUGAUUUUUCAGACUCAAGUGCCAUUUUCUUAUAGCCUAUUUCCUUUCCACCUGUUGACCACUUCCUUUAGGAAAAAAGGCAGGGGGUGCCAAAAAGAGAAAAAGGAAAUUUACAACAGUAUUAGAAAAGCAAAUGUGGAAUUUGUGAAAGUGCAUUCUCACAAUGUCUCAGUUCAGCUACGUGAAGAAGAUCAGAUCACCCCUCUGUGGAACCAGGUUACUUGUCUACUAGAGUCAUGUUGAUUCAAACAGAACAGACUUUGAAGGCAGCUAGCGUGUGUGUGUGAGUCUGUCCAAAGUCCAAUCCCGAACCACCCCCUUGUUUUUAUUCAUUAACUCAUUCUAUCUGGGAAGCUUUAGUGCCUGGCUACCACUAUCAGGAAAAAGGCAGCAUAAGCAACUUGUAAAAGUCAACCCCUCCCACAUUACAAUAGCAUUUUUGUUAAACGCAACUGGUAAAGUGUAUUUUACUGCACUUUGGAUCAAUGCAGUUGGAAAUAAUUGAAUCUGGAAAUUUAUAGAAAGAACAACUGAUGCUGAGCAGCAAUUAGAGAGAUUUUACAUUGUCCAAGACAUGAGGUCCUGGCUUGUCUCUGGGGUCACAGUCUUUGAAAAGCAUCCCAAGGAAUUUCAUCAUGCCUCAGCUUCAAGGAAAUUUUUAUCUAGAAUUUUAUAUAAAAACGGGUGUUGGCCUAGUUUCCAUCUCUGUCUCCAAGAUAGGUUACUGUGAAACAACCUCUCUAGGCUCAAGACCUGAAGAACAUGACUUGAGUCUUUGACACUGCAUCACGUUGGACAUUAGGAAAGACUUACACAUUACAGGUAUUAAACUAUUUCCAACAAAGAUGAAAACAUUGCCCUCCGCUGGGGGUCGCCGAUUGCAUCAGCCAAAAAGGAAAGGUGGAGGGAAUUUAGAGCACUUCCUUUGCUUGUCUGAUCCCUCCAUGUGUUUACACUUUAUGUUGAGUCGUUGAUUUAAAAUGUAGUGUCUAUAAUUUAUAGCUCUUAGGUAAGAUGAAGGAAAAUGUUUAACUUAUACAGAGAGCAGUAUUGUUUGCAUUAAAUUAUUCCAUUUUGUAUAAAUUCUGUAGCUGGACUACAUGAAAGAUCUUAAGUUAUGGCAUUAUUAUCACUGUUAUUUUGUUUUAUAAUAAUUAUCAUUCUCAUUUUCUGUCGAUCAGAAGGUGUGGCUUUACAGUGUAGCACAAUGAUUGUGUUUAUUGCUAACCAUGAAUAAUUAUGGGUUUUUAUGAUUUUUAUGAAGGAAUGAAAAUGGAACUGCCAUAUGGGAGCUCCCUGGUAUUCAUCUUAGUUGUAUUCCCUCAUUUUCUGUGUGCAACAACAAUCAUCUGAGGAUGUGGGUUCUGCCCUGGAGGCCAGUGGAUGCACUGUGGCUUUGACUUGAUCCUGAAAGCUCCUGGGUGGGCAGAUGACUGAGUGGAUGGACAAAUACUUCAGAAGCUGUAAACUUUCUCAAGUUUCUUAAGAAAUAAAAUCAUGGGACUACA